AUGUUUAACAAAAAAUCUUCAACGACUACAUCUGACAAGAAAAAACCUUCAGAACGUAUUAAAAAAACUCUCAAAUCGAUUGUAAAAUCAAAUGAUUCUAAAAAAAAUGAUACUAAAAAAAAUGCUACGGAUACUAAAAAUAAAAUUUCACCUGUAUUAAAUAAUAAUAAGCAAUCAGAAGCAAAAUCUGAUGUUAAGAUUUUUGAUAUUGAUCAAAAAAUAUUACCUAAACAAAAUGGUUCAAAUGAAUCUGAUGAAAAAAAAAUUACCAAAGACAAACCUUUAGUUAAUAAGCCUUUGGAUGAUUCUAAAAAAUCUUUAAAGAAAUCAUUGAAAACUGAAGAAUCUAAAAAUAAUUCUAAUUCAAUUAAACCAGAAAAAAAUACUUCCAUUAAAAAACGUCCUUCUGUAGCAUCCAUUUCAUCUGUUACUUCAAAUGCUGAAACUAAAAACAAUAUUAAUGAUGGUAAACGUCGCAUGUCUUCAGCCGUACGUUCAGAGACAUCGCGACCAUCAACACCAGAUAUCAUUAAAAAACAAUCUUCAAAAAUAAGUUUAAAUCCUUCACGACAAAUUACUCCUUCACGACCAACUACUCCUUCACGACCAGCUACUCCUUCGCGACCAGCUACUCCUUCACGACCAACUAUACCUUCACGACCAGCUAUACCUUCACGACCAACUACUCCAGACCCUACAAGACGCCCCUCUAGUCGUUUAACAACACAUGAAAAUUCAAUCACUUUGACUCCAGACGCUACAAGACGAGUAUCUUCUCGUUCUACAUCGUCCGAACUCUCCAAAACUGCCAAAAGACCAACAUCAAUGAUAUCAAAUUCAAGACCUGCAUCACCAGAACUCACAAAAACUACUAAAAGGCCUACCUCCGUUAUAUCUCAGCCAGCAAUACCUGAGAUUAAAGUGAAACAAAGCCCUAAGAAACAAAGUGUUUCUGUCUUGUCAACAAAGUCUUCAAGACCAACCUCACCAGAAAUUACCAAAUUACUUGAACCUCCAUUAAUACCAGAAACGGUCAGAAAACCGAAUACCUCAUCUAAACCUUCAAGACCAUCCACUCCCGAAGUGACAAAACCAUCAACGAUGGAGACCAUAAGAAAACGUAGUGUUUCAAGUGUUUCAAGACCAUCCACUCCCGAAGUAACAAAACCAUCAACGAUUGAAACUAUAAGAAAACGCAGCGUUUCAAGUGUUUCAAGACCAUCCACUCCCGAAAUAACAAAACCCUCAACGAUUGAGACUAUAAGAAAACGUAGUGUUUCAA